CCUAACUUUAUAAUUUUAUCGCUUCAACUCUCAAGUACAUGCUAAACCCUCCGACCUCUCUUUCGCACACUAGGUUGCAACCAUGGCGAGUCGUGCUCCCAACCCUCUAGGGGCAAUCGUUAGCACCGACCCAGCUCGACGUCCGUCCCGGAAUACCAGGUUGGCGGGCCGUUAUGUGACGCUAGUCGGGUUGUCCGCAGCGCACGCUGAUCCGCUGUAUCCACAUAUAUCGGGGCCCGACAACGCGCAUCUCUGGGACUACAUGUUUGACGGGCCGUACGAUGAUAUUGCCGCGUUCCGCUCUACUCUGAAAGCUAGGGAGACUAGCCGAGAUCCCGUCUUUUAUGCCAUAUUGUCAAAUAAGAAGCUCGCAGAAGCAGGACAUGAUGGUAAGGAGGAUGAUGCGGUUGUCGGUAUCGCUAGUUACCUGAGAAUCGACCCGGGGAACCGCUCUAUCGAGGUCGGUCACCUCAUGUACUCGCCGCAGCUGCAGCGCACACCCGCUGCUACCGAGGCUAUGUACCUAAUGUUGCGACACGCAUUCGAGGACCUAGGGUACCGAAGGUACGAAUGGAAAUGCAACUCUCUCAACGAGCCAAGUCGGAGGGCGGCCUUGCGUCUCGGAUUCACGUACGAGGGGCUCUUCAGGAAGCAUUUUAUUGCCAAAGGCCGCAGCAGAGAUACCACGUGGUACUCUAUCGUCGACGACGAGUGGCCCGGUGUUAAACAAGCGCUCGAGGCUUGGUUGGAUCCUGCGAAUUUCGACGGCGAAAAUAAGCAGCUGAAGAAGCUGGAGGAAUGUAAACGAUGAGAUUCUUCUUAUAGACAUAUCCAACGGCUUUAAGCGUAUUCGUGGUUUAUUAAUUAAAUUCAUUUAACUCACUGUCGUGUGAUCG